AUGUCAGGAAGAGGCAAACAGAGCGGCAAAGUCCGGGCUAAAGCAAAGACCCGAUCAUCCAGAGCAGGUCUGCAGUUCCCAGUUGGCCGUGUCCACAGGCUGCUCAGGAAGGGGAACUACGCCCAGCGGGUUGGAGCCGGAGCUCCGGUCUAUCUGGCUGCAGUGCUGGAGUAUCUGACUGCUGAGAUCCUAGAGCUGGCUGGGAACGCCGCCAGAGAUAACAAAAAGACCCGCAUCAUCCCCCGCCAUCUGCAGCUCGCUGUGCGCAACGACGAGGAGCUCAACAAACUGCUCGGAGGGGUCACCAUAGCCCAGGGUGGGGUCCUGCCCAAUAUCCAGGCUGUCUUACUGCCCAAGAAAACCGAGAGCCACAAGGCGGCCAAGAGCAAGUAA